UCCUCGGUGUACUUGCCUUGCCUCUUGCCGCGACAUUCAUAGUUCGGCCAAAAUCCCCCAAAUUUCGAAUCCCCUAGAAGGAAUCAAGUUCAGGAUCGAGAAAGAAGAUGAGGCCGAUUUUGAUGAAGGGCCAUGAACGGCCAUUGACGUUCCUCAAGUACAAUAAGGAUGGAGAUCUGCUCUUCUCCUGCGCAAAGGAUCAUACUCCGACUGUUUGGUACGCCGACAAUGGCGAGCGCCUUGGAACCUAUCGCGGUCACAACGGUGCCGUUUGGUGCUGUGAUGUAUCGAGAGAUUCGGCGAGGCUUAUUACUGGUAGUGCUGAUCAGACUGUAAAGCUCUGGGACGUGCAAACGGGGAAACCAUUGUACACGUUCAAUUUUGGUUCUCCUGCAAGGUCUGUGGAUUUUGCUGUUGGGGAUAAGCUUGCGGUGAUUACCACUGACCCCUUCAUGGAUCUCUCCUCUGCUAUUCAUGUGAAACGCAUUGCAAGAGACCCUGAAGACCAAGUUGCAGAAUCCGUGCUUGUCCUUAAGGGCGUUCAGGGGAGGAUAAAUAGAGCUGUUUGGGGACCCCUGAACAGAACUAUCAUUAGUGCUGGUGAAGAUGCUGUAGUUCGGAUCUGGGAUUCUGAGACUGGAAAAUUGCUCAAAGAAUCAGAUAAGGAAGCCGGUCACAAAAAGACCAUAACCUCUCUGUGUAAAGCAGCGGACAGUUCACACUUCCUCACAGGUUCACUCGACAAAUCUGCAAAGCUUUGGGAUACCAGAACACUGACUCUUAUUAAGACUUAUGUUACCGAACGACCAGUAAAUGCUGUCACUAUGUCUCCACUUCUCGACCAUGUCGUGCUUGGAGGUGGUCAAGAUGCAUCAGCUGUCACGACCACUGAUCAUCGCGCCGGAAAAUUCGAGGCCAAAUUUUAUGACAAGCUUCUUCUAGAGGAGAUUGGGGGUGUUAAGGGCCACUUUGGUCCUAUAAAUGCUUUGGCAUUCAAUCCCGACGGGAAAAGCUUCUCGAGCGGAGGUGAAGAUGGAUACGUUCGACUGCAUCACUUCGACCAGGAUUACUUCCACAUCAAAGUUUAGAUCAUAAAAAAAUAAUUAAUCUUUUUUUUUUCUUUCUAAUUUUGUAGUUGAAUUUUACUUUUUUUUAAUCUCGAGGAGAUUUUUUAAAAUUAUUUUUUUGUUGUACCCUCGUGAUGAAGGUGUGUUUCUUCAUGCAUAUGCGAUGUUAAUGCUCAUGAACGUCUCUUCCAUCCAAAUAUCGAGAACGUCUACACA